AUGAAUAACACCAAGAAAAUGGUUAUAAAGCUGUAUGCAUGGGAGCCUCCUAUGGAGCAGGUAAUCGUUGAUCUGAGGGAAGAAGAACUCGCUCUCAUUCGUAAAGCAGCAUUUCUCAGAACGCUUUCCGAUAUGUUUAACUCUGCCUCGCCAUUCCUGGUCGCCCUGUUCACUUUCACAACAUUCAUCAUGGUGGACGACGCAAAUAUUUUGACUCCAGAAAUAGCAUUUGUGUCCUUAACAUUAUUCAACCAGCUGCGAACUCCUUUGUCCCAGGUUGCGGAGCUGAUUACACAAACCGUGCAGGUGAGAGGCGUAAAUCACGGAGAGCUCUUCUUUAGUAUCAUCUAUGAGCAGCUGAAUUCAUCUCGUGAAUAA